AUGUCAUUCUUUCCUCCCCAGUUCCAAAAAACCAAUAACUCCCAGGAUUCAACGGGCCGUGAGUCAUUUGAUUUGAAUGGCCAGUUUGACUAUCCUGAACCUCAUAAUUUGAAUGUCGAAUCAGGGAUCUUGGGUAGAUCAGUACCUCAGUUUGGCUCUGUAGCCGAACAAGACAUUUACCACGGAAGCCCUUUGGAUUUGGCUAAUAGCAUGGAAGCUCUCAGCUUGGAUAAAUCUGGCCCACAGCACUUCAAUGGGGGCUUUUCCCGGCCCAUCAAUGGUUCCGCCGACUCAUUAGCCGCUCCAUCCCGUACCGUUUAUCUGGGUAACGUUCCGACUGAUCUGACACCAAAGGAACUGUUGGACCAUGUCAGAUCGGGUGUGAUUGAAAGCUGUAAGAUUUUACCUGAGAAGAACUGCGCAUUUAUUUCAUUUUUAGAUGAAAACUCCGCCAUGCUUUUCCACUCGGACGCUAUCCUGAAAAGACUGACUAUCAAACAGAAUGAUAUUCGCAUUGGAUGGGGAAAUCAGACAGACUUGCAUCCCAUCGUUCAUGAAGCUGUCUCCAAACACAAUGCUACAAGAAAUGUUUAUCUGGGACACCUUCCGCCUGACAUCACCAUUGACGAGAUAUACACUGACUUGUACAUUUAUGGCGAAAUUGAGGUCAUUAAAGUUAUCAGUGAAAAAAGAAUUGCAUUUGUUCAUUUUACUAGCAUUUUGAGUGCUGUUAGAGCAGUCCAAAAUCUGCCACUUAAAAACCCCAAGUACGCCACUAGAAAAGUGUUUUAUGGUAAGGAUAGAUGUGCAUUUAUCACCAAGACUCAGCAACACAAUGCCGCCCAAUAUUUGGGACUGGACCCCAACCUUGAAAAUUAUUUUUUGAACAAUGUUGAUCCAGACUUUAUAUCAACUGCAUUAGUGCAACAAUCCAACGCAGCAGCUGCUAUUGCCACUCAGGCUGGCGGAGUUAACAACCUGGGCAAUAGAACUGUCUAUCUGGGAAGCUUGCAACCAGAUGUUACCGUUGAGGAAGUUUGCAAUGUUGUACGUGGAGGUAUAUUAGAGAAGGUUAGGCUAAUCUAUGAGAAGUAUGCCUGUUUCAUCACAUUUAUCGAUCCCAUUGCUGCUGCCCAGUUUUUUGCAAUGAGCAGUCUCCAUGGGUUGAUUAUCCGUAACAGGAAAGUCAAAAUUGGUUGGGGGAAACACAGUGGUCCUCUACCUAAUGCCCUUACGUUGGCUGUAAGUAACGGUGCGUCUCGUAACUUGUACAUCGGGGGCCUAGAUCUUGAUGAUAAUGGAGAAGUGUGUGAGGGAGAACCAAUCAAGACUGAAAAUGGACCAAGCACGUCUAAGAAAGUUAUUGAGUGUGCUAAGAAACUACGAGCUGACUUUGAAGUUUUUGGAGAGAUUGAACAGAUCAACUUUUUUGUAGAAAAGGGAUGUGCUUUUGUCAACUUUUCAAACAUCUCCAAUGCAAUUAAAGCUAUUGAUGGAAUUAAGUAUAACAAGGACUAUGAAGGACUGAAAAUUAAUUUUGGAAAGGAUCGUUGUGGAAAUAUUCCUAAGCAAUUCAAUAAUAAUCAUAACAUUGCAACCAAUGAUUUUAGGAGAAUGGAUAACUAA